CUUGCCGGCAUGCAUGGAGGGAAGUAAGUCGAUAAACGAACACAUGCAACACAUGCAUUCAGUCAUGUCAGCGCCUCAGCAUUCCUCGUCCCGCCAUGAUUGCAUACACACCCCAUCCACCUUCCGAAGCACUGCAGAAGCGGCCGGCAAAUCUAGACUCGCCACGGGGAGGCGUGCCACGUGGGACAAAUAGAGAUCGUAUACACAGAGACACGCAGGGAAAAACGACGCCCCUUCUUAACUGUAUGCACGUCAAGUGGAUGGACACAUAACUCACACACACACACACACACACGCAUGUCUGUGCGAUCGCCUGCCUGCCCCUCUCAACAGACCGCUGUCAGGCCGAGCGCGAGGUCAUCAUCAACCAGGCGACGGCACUCACCCAAUGCCACCCAGCAGACGGCUGAGCACAGAAAGAGGAAGAGUGAGAGGGACGCACAACUCAUCCGUUUCUGUCUCUGUUCCUCCUUCUCUUCCUCACCUGCAGUGUGUAGAUCUCCAUAUCGGCGAGCGUGAAGUUGAAGCUGGAGGCCAGGCUGGCGAGGCCCUCGUUGUCGAUGGUCCCGAUGUACUUCUUGUCGGCCGGCAGGCGGUCCUUCAGCAGCCACUGAGCGCAGCGGCGAAGGUCGGCACUCUCAAAGCCCAGCCACAGGCGGCCGGGGGCCUUGUGGAUCAUGUCACCGAUGCACACCUUGCCGACCGGCUCACACAUGACGUUCUUGACCGCCCCUUGUGUGCCAGCGACCCAAACAGGCUGCUCGCCAUUCGGCAGGUCGAUCUUGGUGAUGCCGUCCCCCUCGAAGGCACCGCACACCGAAAACAGCGACACGGGGCAGCGGACCAUCGCCACUCCAGUGGGGUCGGGGGGCGGGGUGAGUCCGCCCUCGAUGUGGGCGGCGAUGAUGGGGCCGCCGAGGUCUUUGAGGAGCAGCAGGAGGUCGGUUGCGUCGCCCACAUUGUUGAACAUGGCCUCGGGCCCCCAGCCGUCACGCUCACCCCUGAAACACAGACAGACACAGAGAGACAGCCAAGGGAUAUCAUUCACGAGGCACCAACAGCUUUCCUGUCAUCGGUUGCUCACUCACUUGUAGAGCAGUUUUGGGGUCGCAUCCGUCAUGCCGGUCGCGUCGACGAGUGCUCGCAGGUCAUUGUCAGACACGAUGGGGUCGGCCGGCACAGCACUCCACACCUGCAGAGAGAGAGGAGAAGGAUCUCAUGAUAUGCACAGUCCCUUUGUGUGCCCUCUGGCUGAUGCCUCGCUGACCGACCUGGAAGACCUCCACUCGCUGGACGGCGACGUCGUGGGUCUCAGCGCCACAGAGGCUCGCAUACUCGCUGUCAAUCUUCUUGCCCACAGAUUUCCUGUUGGCCGGCAGCUUCUUCUUCUCCACCCACUGGUGACAGCGGAGAAGGUCGUCAGUCGGGCCGUCCACGCCACUCCCCAACCACAGGCGGCCGCCAGCGAUGCACACCUUGCCCCAGGGCACACCGUCCUUGGUCGUCACCGCCCCCUGUGUGCCCGCCACCCUCACACACUGCUGGUGGUCCUGUGGCACGUCGAUCUUGGUGAUGCCCUCUCCGAAUGCACCGCACACAGAGAAGAGCGACACCGGGCAGCAGAAGCACAGCUGAGAUGUGGGGUCGGCUGGCAGCUGCAGCUUGGUGUCGGCGAAGGCUGCGAUGGUGUUGGUGUCGUCACACUUGAUGACGAACAGGAGGCCGCGCCGCCCCACCACCCGCUGCGCCAUGCUCGCAUACGACGAACCUUGGAGCGAACUCCUGACACACACAGACGUGCCGACGAAUGCUUAGAGAAUGGCGCUAUGGCCCCUCUUUGUCUUUCCUCACUUGAAGAGGCAGAGUCUCUUCGGCUCCUUUUUGCCGAGCAUCUCGAGGAGGGUCUGCAGGACGUCGUUGGCGAGUAUGUUGGGGUACAUGGCCUCGAGGACGCCGUACAUCUCACUCACACGCACCAGCUCAUCCUGGUCGGCACACGUGGGCGGCGGGACGACGGCGCCAUCGGGGGAGAGGCGACACCGACGAGCGAAGCCGACGAUCCUGAACACACCAACAGACGAAUAGAUCCGCUCUGCUGUUUGCUGCUGUUUGCCUUUGGUGGUUGUCCGGGUGCCUACAAGUCGAAGUGGUGCGCAGACACAUCGACGAUGGGAGUGCGACCAUACCUGCACACGCGACACAGAAGAGAGAGAAGGAGAGCCAAUGAUCACCAUAACAGCCUCUGUCAUCUCCUCCUUGCCUUUCUCACUUGGUGAAUCGGUCGUUGAGUGUGUCGAAUUUGGUCAGCGUGGCAUCGGUGGUCGCCACUGUGCGGCCGUCGACAGUCACACUGAGCACCUCCGCCCCUCCCCUGCCGCCCUUUAUGGACGACUUGAUGAAGACGCCCAUCAUGGCAAUGAAGCUGCGGAAUGCCGACGGGCUCUCGCUGUCCUCAGUCGGUUUGUCGAUGGCGAUGGGCGACUCGGCGAAGAACAUGUCGUGGUAGAAGGGGAUGGGCUGCACGGCGUCGAACAUCUCGAUCUCGUCGACCCACCCAUGCUUCAAACGGCAGAGUUUCUCACACAACCUGACACACACAACCAACACACACACACACACACACACACAGCAAUGAGUCAAUGAGUGAGUGAAUGAGUGUCAUUGGCUGCAUGCUCCCAUCGUCCCUCACCAGAUGAAGUAGAUGGGGUCUGCGUCGAUGAAGAUCGUCCCGUCGGCAUCCUUGUGCAUCCACUCGUCGAACCGGUGCAGCAGCACCGCCACACACGUGCCCCGCAGCCCCUCGCGCAGCAGCACCCCACUCGGGAAGGCCAUGACAUAGCCGCCGACGUUGAUCUGCGUCACGCUGCCGCUCAUGGUGCCUCCCGUGGCCUGGCUGCUUCUGGUGGAUGAUGCCGCCUGCAUGCGGUCAGAGAAGCAGAUGAAUCACGGGACAAUCUUGUGUGCUGUUUGAGCUGGCGAUGCAAAGCACUCUCGCGUGGCAGAUUAGGGAAGCGAAAAAUUGCUUCACCUCAAAUUGCUUGAGCUCGCAGGUGUGGGAGAAAGAAAGGAAGGCGAAGAUGAAGCAGGUAUGGAAAGGAGGCCUCAU